AUGGUUCAAGCAAUUCCAAGAAUUAAAAUUUUUGUGUGGAAGCUAGCCGGAAAAGCUUUGCCUACAUCUUCGAGACUAGGGGCACAUAAUCCGGAAAUUGAUCCAAACUGCCAACUAUGCAAUUCUCAAGUUCAGGAAACCGAGAAUCACCUAUUCAGAUCUUGCCCUUUCGCCAGAGCUAUUUGGUUCAGAUUUUCGCUAGGAAAUUUAACUUCUUCAGCUAAUACGUAUCCCAUUACAUCAUGGGUUAAAGGGUGGCUUUUAAACCCAGAUUUGGAUAAUUUAGCAGGAAAAAUCUCGACCAUUUUAUGGUUCAUAUGGAAAUACAGAUGCUCGGUGGUUCAGAGACCUACUUCGGCUCUUCAUGCAGAAGCGAAAUCUUUACAAAAAUCGGUCAUCUGGCUAAGAGACAACGUCUUGUCUAGCGUUUCAAUAGUAACUGAUUGUAAAGUCUUGGAAGACAGCAUCAACAAGGACAACACAAAUCUCUCAUGGACAGCCGAAAACACCGUUCAAGAAGCCAAGACAAUUUUAAAAGCUCUUCCUCAAGCUCAGAUGCCUGCAUUUGGUGGAGCUGUACUGCCGGAACUAAGAAGCUUAAGCUGUAGUCGAGAAGACUCAGGUACAAGUAUAGAGAUUGAGAAGGACUUGAGCUUAGAUCCUAAUAACUUCACUCCAGCCACACUGGACUCAAUACUCUUUUCUAUUAAUUCAUUGCUGAAGAAGGACAACAUGGUAUCACGAGUCUUUAUAGGACAGACUCAAACCCUAAAGCAUUCACAGUUUCACAGCCCUACACGUGGGUUGAUCUACACCAUUUCAUGCUAA